AUGCUUGCACGGGCGCUCGCAGCUGAGCGUAAGCCUCGCAACCUCGCGGAGCGACGAGACAAGCCCGCAUCCUCGUUCUCGGCUGCAUCUAUAAAGGCGCAUACUCAUUUACAGCAUCAGGAAAUCCGAGGCAAUGCACCUCGCUCGACGUCUCCUGGCGAAUCAUCUGCAAUGAGGCUUCAGCGUAUACCUCAGGCAGACGAGCAGCCUCAUGCAAGCACGUGGCGUGUCACGCAAACAGACCGUCUGCCGUUUAAUCAUGCUCGCCUGAAUCAGCACGUCUGCGUGAUGACGGACUGA